UUGGUGGCUUCAUGUUGUGAGCUUUCGUGAUAUUUCGUGAUUGUGAUAUAUUUUGGACUGUGUUUUGUGUUUAGGGUGUUUUAAACGGAUUUCUAGUUCAUCUGUGAUAUUGGAGCUGUAGAAGAUUACUGGUGGAGGAUCUUCAACGUACUCAACAGCGGGAAGUCCCGCCGCGUGGAUGGUGGCGGGCGAUUGGGGCUAUGCGCCGGCGUCGGCAGCGCCCGCCAUGAACGCGUUCCUCGAGACAAAUCACGCGCACCUCGCUUCGUACGGCCUCAAAAUGUCACCAGAACCCGCAUGUGGGGUCGCUGCUCAGCAUAGAGCUGCAGCGCCACACCCUCCGCCACAUCCUACGCACUACCAGCACUAUCCGUUGCACUCCUACCAGCCAGGAUACUUAAGAGAAUAUGGCGGGUGCGGAGAACUCUUCCCACAGCAGCCCCUAGAACAGAGUUGGGAUUGGCGAAACGAUGUGCACUACCAGAGCGCACCUCCCCUGAUGCCCCACGCACAUCAGCCACACGCCUUCCUCCGCUACGUCAGAGCCCCGCCAAGACGUGACAUGAGAUGCCAAUGGCUAGACCCAGACCAGCCUCCCCCUAGGAAACUAUGCAAUAAGCUAUUCUCAAGUAUGCACGAAAUCGUGACGCAUCUGACAGUGGAACACGUAGGUGGUCCAGAGUGCACAACGCACGCGUGCUUCUGGCAGGGUUGUGCGCGUAACGGGAGGCCGUUCAAGGCGAAAUACAAACUAGUGAAUCACAUUCGAGUGCACACGGGCGAAAAGCCCUUCCCAUGCCCGUUUCCCGGCUGCGGUAAAGUGUUCGCGAGAUCAGAAAAUCUCAAGAUACAUAAGAGAACGCAUACAGGUGAAAAGCCGUUCAAAUGCGAGUAUGCAGGUUGCGACAGGAGGUUUGCCAAUUCAUCAGAUCGAAAGAAACACUCCCAUGUCCAUACAUCAGACAAACCGUACAACUGCCGUGUCCAUGGUUGUGACAAAUCGUACACCCAUCCGUCAUCCCUCCGCAAGCAUAUGAAGGUCCAUGGUGCGGCAGGGGAUGCCUCGCCGCGCUACGACAGUGAUGGAGAUGACUCUUCCUCAGCUGGAAGCGUUAGUGUAACCGCGGGCGCAGCUAGCCCGCCAGUCCCCGUUCCACCACCGCCAAUUCCCCCAGCGCCGCAUCAUCCGCAACACCAGCCCACCAUCACGGACAAACUAGAAAGCCUUAACGAUAAAUACCUAAGUCCCCAUGACCAAAAAACCUAUGAAAGACCUCCACCACACCAUCAGCCACAUUUAACAAAUAUAGGUGGUAACGGCAUGAUGGAGAACAAACUAGGUUUCACAGGUCACUGGGGCCAGUUCCAGCAGCCGGCUCCACCUGUGCCCCACGGUGUGCCUGAAUGGUGGUGUCCUUCCCAAGAGUCGUACCACCAUCACCACCUAAUGCACCAUUCUGGGGCGGCAGCGGCCUACUGACCUCAUCGCGCUUAGGGAACUAUCAUUCGCCGUUCAACCUAAAUUUUCGUGCCUCUUUCAAUCCGCCUAAAGCUUAUUAAGGCUGAAUGAAAGUUUACUAAGCGCGUCUGCUUCAAUUACGCUUAAAUUCAUGACUAUUGUGGCCAAAUAACCGUCCGUUUGUAAAGGGUUUGACAUUGACAAUAGACAUCUGUGUGGCAUGUUAAAACAAAACACAGCUUAACAAUGACAUAGUAAGAUGUCAGGUAUUCGCAAGUGUCAAGUUUGACAGUGAUUGUACUUAAAAAUUUACAGUUACCCCAAGAGGGGUUUGAUUGUUCUGUUUGACACAUUUUAUUCUUGAUAACUAUGGAUAUAUAGCACAUUACUAUUUAAGGCCAAAGUUCCAAUGUUUACGCAUUAUUUUUGUAAAUUAUUAGAAUAGCCAGUGAUAAUAGUGUUAAGCAAUUGACUUGUAAAUUAUGUUUUCGCUAAUUUGGUCAUUAACAGCGCUACUCAGAGUCGGUAACUUAACAUUAAUAACUACGGAAGCCAAGUGACGCUUCCUUAAAUAAACAAAUGGGAUGAUUCACUUAAAAUAAAAUAUUUACUAAUCUAGA